AUGUCGCAGGGUCUGCCGCGGACUGUUCCGCGGCUACCGCUGCGUGUGAAGAAUGUAUAUGGUCCAGAGGGCGGUAUAGCACCUGGCGCCGAUACUGGAAGUACGCCAGCCAAGCAGGCACAGGAUGUUAUGGGCACGCCGCCACGGAAACGAGCGGUGCCGUUGGAUGGUGUGCAUGUACGCAAUGUCCCCGACUCUGUACCGGGAAAACGCGCAAGGCUUUAUCAGAGAUCGGGUCUGGAUCCCAGUGGGCGGCGUGCCACGGCGGAGGGGACCGGCUCGCGGGUAGGCGCGGCCACACCGCCCAUGACACGGUCGACGACGCGCAUCGACAAGUCCACGCGUGUAAGCCAAGAAGAGCGUUACCAACGCGAGCAACAAAAAGCCCAGUCACAGCGGCAAUGGAAGGUGGCCUUUGGCCGUGCCUUCCCGAAGUUUGUGUUCUACUUGGACGAGAUGGAUGAGGCGCAAAAACGUACCUUCUCUGCUCAGAUCCACCAAUUGGGCGCGUGUGUGGAAGAGUUCUUCUCACGCAAUGUGACGCAUGUUGUAACUACACGUCCCGUUCCGUCCGUGCGGGAGGAGGACACGAAAAAAACAGGGCCUGCCGCCAAUCCUGGCCACACACCGCCCAAGCCCCCAGCGCCUUCGUCGAUCGCGUCCCCGCGCAUUGUGAUGCCUGUAGCAUCGGCGCAUCUGCCUCUCCAUUCAGAGAGGAAUCCUAUGGAUGAAUGGACGCAGCCUCUCCCAGCGAACGAUCUUCUAUCGAAGGCGCAGCACUUUGGCAUGAAGAUCUGGCGCAUGGAGAAACUACAAAACAUUCUCUCUCUCCUACUAGCAGACGAUGCACCUGCUGAGACAAACACAGGACGUCAGGCGCUGUCUGAGAUGCUCCUGCAAGAAAAACUGCAUGGUACCACGGAGCGUGAUCCAUUGGCGAUGCGUAGCGAUGUGCAUUAUUUCGGCAAGCAAUCGUACCAUGUCCUCGUCACUGACGCUACGGGCGAGCAUCGGCCUAUUCUGAUUGCCGAGUACGAUCGAAGUGCACAAGAUGUGCCAGGAAAACCUACGCCAUGGCCUGUUUUGCAUGGCGAAAUGGAAGGCCGUGGUCUUUUUUCCUACAUGGAUAGCAAGGAACGCCGGCGCUUGGCACGUCAGCCCCUGGCACCGCCAUCUCAUCAAUCGCUGCGUCGCACGGCCUCACUGAAUCUCUUGCAGGCGUGUCCCUCCCCCGGGAUGCCUGGCACGCCGAAUCUCAUGGCGUCUGACAACAGCAUUGCGCUGGCCUCAACGGUCGCUUCGACCACAUCGACGAACAUCACAUCCCAGCACACUGCAUCGAUACCAAUGCAUCCAGAUCGACGUCUCAUGGAUCUACAUCGGCGCCUACAUACGCCCAUCGAGCUACCCGUGUCUGAGCAGCGCCCUGCGGCUGACGGCCGUGGCGCAGUCGUCCAGCGUAUGCUCGGCAUGCUCGAUGGUCCACGUGGCUCACAACUCCGCCGCUCACAGAGCACGGACAGUGUCGCGCGAACAGGCACAGGGCCUAAACGGCCUCGUGAGAAAAAACCUGGCCACUGUGAAAAUUGCCGGUGCCGUUACGAUGAUUUUGAAGAGCACACCAAAAGCCGGCGUCAUCGGAAAUUCGCCCUGGACGAAAGCAACUUUGUCAAUAUCGACGAACUGCUGCAGCGUGUCCAGCGUGAGCCCCUGCCGCCAUCGACGGCCUGGUCCGACUAUGCUCUGCCGUACGAAACAUCGCCUGGCCAUACCUCGCCCCUCUCCACGGGCGAAUCUGUGUCUGUGUCGGGCUCGACGUGGGACGGCACAGUGUGA